UGUUCCUAUGUUGGAACGCAACUCGCAAAAAACAAACAAACUACAUUUCCCAUAUCGCCAGCUUUCACAACACAAACAUGGCCGCCUCCUGUUCGGGAAACAGCGCUUUGCUGCACAAAUGUGUUCAAUUGAAAAGCAUGUGUAAUAUACAUCAGAGUAGUGGUGUGUUUAUGAGGAGGAUAUGGACGUCUAGGUCUAAAUGCCAACUUCAGCCCAAGUUACAGAGUAAACGUGCUCCUCAGAUGGUGGGCGUGGUUGCCUUGGAGAUCCACGCGCAGAUUCAUGCCACGUCAAAGCUGUUCUCGAGCUCGCGUGUUGGAUUCUCAGCCCCACCCAAUUCACACGUGUCAUUCUUCGACGCCUCUCUUCCCGGCACGCUUCCGGUUCUGAACAGGAGGUGUGUAGAGGCGGCUGUAAUGACCGGUCUUGCCCUCAACUGCAGAAUCAACACAAAGUCUCUUUUCGACAGGAAGCACUACUUUUACGCUGAUCUUCCCGCAGGUUAUCAGAUCACUCAGCAGCGAGUGCCCAUCGCAGUGAACGGAUCUCUCAGCUUCAGUUAUUUAGGUGGGAAGAAGAGGAGUGAGACGAUGACGAAGAGCGUGAGAGUCAGACAGAUCCAGCUGGAGCAGGACAGCGGGAAAAGUCUCCAUGACGACCAGAGGAGCCGUACGCUCAUCGACCUGAACCGCGCCGGUGUGGGUCUGAUGGAGGUGGUGAUGGAGCCUGAUAUGUGUUGUGGUGAAGAAGCAGCAGCCGCAGUGCGAGAGCUACAACUCAUCCUACAGACACUCGGAACCUGCCAGGGAAACAUGGCUGAGGGACAGUUGCGAGUGGAUGCUAACGUAUCUGUCCAUCAUCCCGGAGAGCCGCUUGGCGUUCGUGCUGAAGUGAAGAACAUCAACAGUGCUCGGUUUGUUGCCAGGGCGAUCGAUUAUGAGAUCCAGAGGCAGAUUGAGGUUCUGGAGAGUGGGGGGACGGUUCUGAACGAGACGAGAGCUUUUGACAGCAAAACCGGAACGACAGUGUCCAUGAGAGAUAAAGAAGGUCUACAGGACUACAGGUUCAUGCCGGAGCCCAACCUUCCUCCUCUGUUUGUUUACGAGAGCGUGGCCACAGUGCCGGAUGGUGUUGACCCCGCCCACGUCGUGGUGAUUGACAGAUUGAAGGCACAGUUACCUGAGCUGCCCGGAGCGAAGCGGACGAGACUUAUGGAGGAGUACGGCAUCCUGCCAGAGCACAGCUUCACUCUGGUGAGUGAAGACGGACUGAUGGACUUUUUCGAGCGCGUCGUCCAAAAGACGAAAAUGGAACCGAGGAAGCUGAUUGGCUGGGUGAUGAAGGAGCUGAUGGGUAACCUGAACCAGCGAAACCUGAAGGUUACACAGAGCCCCGUCUCCCCCGAGGCGCUUGCACAACUGCUGAAUCUUCUCGAGUCUGGUUUCAUCUCGUCCUCUGCCGCUAAAGUGGUGUUCCAGGAAAUGUGGAAGGCUCCGGAAAAGCGUGUGGAGCACCUGGUGAAGGAACUGGAUUUAGGGCUUAUCAGUGAUCAAGAGGAACUCGUAAAGAUCUGCCAGAGAGUGAUGGAUGCUCAUCCUGAUCUGGUGCAGGUGAUCAGAGGGGGCAAUAAGAAGGUGCUGAAUAAACUGAUGGGCGCCGUUCAGAAGGAAUCCAAAGGCCGAGCCGAUCCGGUCCAUCUCAGGAACAUCCUGGAGGAAAUGACAUCGUGAUUAAAACCCAGACUGCCUCAAUACUAGCUAGAACGGAUAUUUGGUUCGGUUAUACAACGAAGCCUGGAAGGUCCUCACAAAAGCCUCAGCGAUGAACUGGAAGGUUCAAUCAGGUGUGUUAGAGCAGAAAAACACACUAAUAUCAUGUUACCUGCAUCCAGCAAUCAGCAGGUAUGCCUCGAUUCGACAUAAUUGGUGCAUAUUAUCUACACGUUCGUGGUUGUUUCACUUCAUUUUCACGUUCCUGUCGAAUCUCUGUCACCAUGAAGCUAUUCUUUUGUAUAGAUGGCUUUAAUGAGGUCAUGAGAGUAUUGCUGUUUAAAUGGAGAUCAAGUGAA